UAAAUUCGGGUUUCAGUUCGGCUUUUACCGUUUGAACGAAAACAGUCGGCGAAUGGAAAGAUUUAUUUUCUGUUGGAUGAAAAUUGAGUUUAUAGAAAGUUAAGACUAACUUUUAUACAAAAACAAAAAAAAAAACAAAAAAAUAAUUAAAUAAAUUUUCUUAAAAUUGCAUAAUUUAUAUUUAAAUUUUGUGACAAAUAUAUAACCCCAAGUCUUCACGAAAAGUUUUCUAACUCAAAGUGAUCCACGAAAAAUUUGAAAUAUUUCCACUGAAAUGAAAAUAACUGAAUUUAUUUGUGUGCUGGUUUUGCUGGUUGUGCUCUGCAGUCCCCAAGCGUCCUCUGUCAAGAGUUGCAGUUACACCGCGCUGACCGCCGGCCCUCAAGCCGUAACGUACGAUGCCGCCACAGAUAAGAGCGUGGAAUAUGUGGAUUAUGGCACCAACACGAACGGAAUUUGCGUACAGCGCGCGCGCUGCAGCAGGGAAUAUGUGACGCAAGUGAUCAAAUGCAGCGAUCUGCGAAUAACUUGUGAAAACCGCAAAUUAUUUGAGGGAGAGUUUCCGGCCUGCUGUGUGAAGUGUUGACAUAAGAAGGGAGAAAUGUUAAAUGGGUUUAAGCGAACGGUGUGACGAAAAAUGAGAAUAAUGGAAACAAUAAAAAAUGUGGAAGAAAAAUGUUUAUCAAAAUUA